CCUGCUGUCCGACGACUGGUCAAGUCGGUCAUCCGCGGCCUUCGGGCGUGCCAAGAGCCGGAGAAGGCGGCCGACGGGAUGGGCGGGACCUACUUCUUUGCCAACGAGGCCGGCAAGAAGGCGGCCAUUCUUAAACCAUGUGACGAAGAACCGCUGGCGCCCAACAACCCCAAGGGCUACGUUGGCCGCCAGCUAGGCGACCCUGGCUGGAAACCCACAGUUCGCGUUGGAGAAGCUGCUCUCCGCGAGGUUGCCGCGUACCUUCUGGACCAUGACGGCUGGGCACGUGUGCCUACGAGCGUUCUCGUCCGUGCACGGCACCCCGUCUCUACACCUGCCACUCCGGCGCAGGAGAAUCCCCUUCCGAUGAAGCUGGGCUCGCUGCAAGAAUUCGUGACCCAUGAAUGUGAUACGAGCGAGAUGGGACCCAGCCGCUUCAGCAUCCGCGAUGUGCACCGCAUCGGCAUUCUUGACCUGCGAUUGUUCAACACCGACCGCCACGCUGGCAAUAUGCUCGUACGCACGCCCCGCACAGCGGCGUCGGCCUCGACUGCUGACCUGAGGCGGAGUAUGGCGUCGGAUGCACCGUACGAGCUCAUUCCGAUUGACCACGGAUUCUGCCUGCCGGAGACGCUGGAGGCGCCGUACUUCGAAUGGCUGCACUGGCCACAAACCAUGCUGCCGUUCAGCGAGGAGGAGGUCCAGUACAUAAGGGAUUUGGAUGUGGAGCGCGAUAAAAGCAUUCUGAAGCAGGAGUUGCCCAUGCUCCGCCCGGAGUGCUUGCGGGUGCUGGAGGUCUGCACAACGCUGCUGAAGACCUGUGCCGCGGAAGGCCUGACACUGUUUGACAUUGCGAGCGUAAUGACGCGCCCCUUCGUCGAUUCUGACGAGGAGCCCAGUGAGCUUGAGCGCAUGUGCGCCUACGCAGGGCAGUGUGUCGAGGUACGCGUAUGA